AUGUUUGAGAAGCCAGCAAUUAGAGCGUAUUAUGCGGGAUUACGUGAUUCAGGAUACCCUUUGCGUCAAUGGCUGCUAACACCAAUAUCAAAUCCUACCACUGAAGACGAGGAAUACUAUAAUAAAAAGCAAAUGUCAAYCAGGAGCGUAAUUGAACGCUGCAAUGGAGUAUUAAAAAUGCGAUUUAGAUGCUUGUUAAAAGAUAGGACCUUACACUACAAACCAGAGAAAGCAUCUUCUAUUAUAAAUGCUUGUAUAGUGCUGCACAAUAUGUGUAUCACAAACAACAUAGAGCUGAUUGAUGAACCUGAUAUCCAAGGGCUUGAUGAUUUGGGUAUGAUAGAAGAUGAAGAUAACUUGGCUGAUUUAAACAACAGAAAUAUAGAUUUAAGUCUAGGAAGACAACAGAGAAAUAAUGUAAUAAGAUAUCUAUCACAAAGAAAUGUUAUGGAUGGAUAA